AUGGAGAAGAUGCUGAAGAAGUUCAUCCAGAACGCUACCAGAGUGGCCCCUAAGAUCUCUAAAAAGGGUGAGCUUUUCGAGCUCAGAAACGGGUUGGUCUCUCAAUACCCUCAGACCCGGAAAGAUGCCAUCAAGAAAACGAUACAGCAAAUGACUCUUGGUAAGGAUGUGUCCUCAUUGUUCCCUGAUAUUCUCAAAAACAUAGCGACGUCCGACGUUGAGCAGAAGAAGCUAGUGUAUCUUUACGUCAUGAACUACGCUGAAACGCAUCCUGAACUCUGCAUUCUAGCCGUGAACACUUUUGUGAGCGACGCCCAAGACACUAAUCCGCUUAUUCGCUGUAUGGCCAUCAGAACAAUGUCCAUGAUUCGUGUUGACAAAAUCCUUGAGUACGUGGAGAUUCCGCUUCGCAAGACACUUCAAGACGACAAUCCAUAUGUUCGUAAAACCGCGGUUAUAUGUGUUGCCAAGCUCUUUGCUUUGAACAAAGAGCUUUGCCAGGAGUUAGGCGUACUUGAAGAUCUGAUUUCUGCCCUUGAAGACUCCAACCCCAUGGUUGUUGCUAACGCCAUUGCAGCUCUUUCAGACAUCUAUGAGGCCGAUGAAUCCGUAGUACCACUUCCUAAGCUCAUUCAAAGCCAUGUUUCACAGUUUUUGUUAGCACUAAAUGAAUGCACAGAAUGGGCCCGUAUCAUUAUCCUAGGCGCCCUGGCCGAAUAUACGGCUAAAGACUCUUUGGAGGCCCAAGAAAUUAUUGAUAGAGUUACUCCUCAUUUGCAGCACGUCAAUGCUGCUGUUGUAUUGGCGUCCAUAAAAGUGGUCAUCAAAAACUUGCCGCAGGUUCAGGCAAACACUGAGUCACCAAUAUUCUCAAAACUCUCAUCAGCGCUCGUUUCACUGAUGUCAACACCUCCGGAAAUGCAGUAUGUUGCUCUGAGAAACAUCCGCAUAGUGCUUGAAAAGUAUCCUCAUAUUUUGUCCCGAGAACUACGCAUAUUUUACGUGAAGUUCAAUGACCCACUCUACGUCAAAUUAGAAAAGAUUGAUACCCUCGUGAGGCUAGUGGAUCCCUCAAACCUGAAACAAUGUACACUAUUACUUGCAGAACUCAAGGAGUACGCGAUGGAGUUCGAACCUGAAUUUGUAUCACGCGCCAUAUUGGCUCUCUCACAGCUUGGCGUGAAAUACUCAGAACCUAAGUUCAUCACAAAGGUUUUAGAGAUCAUCAUCGAGCUUUGUAAUACAAGGGACUCCUUCCAAGACGACUGCCUCGUGGCUAUGUGCAACCUUCUGAGGCAUGCUGGACCAGAUCAGGAGGGUAUGGUUACACAGGUUUGUUCGCUGGCGGAAGCAUGGAGCUCCGUUGAGAAUCUGUUGCAGACAGACUAUGCGAAGUGCAACUACAUUUGGCUUUUAGGCCAAUUUCCACAAAAGUUUAACAACGUCGAGCGGAAGUUGCAGGCGUCCAUUGAUUCUUUUACACAGGAAGAAAGUCUAACUCAGAUGUCCCUACUUAUUAGUGUCGUGAAACUACACUCUAUUCUCCCAGGGUCUAUGCUGCAAAACCUGUUGGAACUUGCAACCACCAGCACAGAUGAGGUGGAUGUCCGCGAUAUGGCUAUAAUGUACUGGAGAUGCUUGUCUGUUGAGAGCUCUCACGACGGGCUAAUCAACGAGCUGUGUAACUCUUCGCUGCCCGAGAUAGCCACUACCUUAGACACGUUUUCGCCUGAACUUCUGGAAACAUUGCUGAGAGAGCUGUCCCUAUUAAGCUCAGUGUACUUCAAACCUGUGUCGACAAUGACCAAGCCCAAAUCGUCGUCAGGCAAUCAUUUGAAGGGCAAGCAGCUUGAUGAACUGCAGUUCAUGGCACAAGACGAAAUCUUGAAGAACAUGAAUGAAGAUAAUCUUUUGGACUUUGACAAUGACUGGCCAGCAGCUUCUAACAGUAAUUAUAAGAGCGAGGCACAAGGCUCUACUGUCGACUACCUCAACGAUAUCUUUGGUCUCAGUUCUCCUGCGCCUCCCGUCGAAAAUUCCAUGGCGGACCUUUCCUUGAACAAGAAGGAUGAGAAGCAAAAAUCCAGCAAUACUCAGGAUCUUCUAGAUCUGUUCUGA